UCGUACGAAGAGCCUGACGAUCCACGAGAAGAGGAAGAGGGGACCUAAGGUGGGGUUUGAAGAUAGCCCACCUAUGACGACCCCUGCCAAGCGGACUCCGCGGCGAACUGAGUCGAAGAAGAAGCUUGCCAUUACUCCGGGACGUGUUACCCGUUCUAAGGCGAAGUUGAAGACAAAACUCUCACCAUAUGUUGAGAAGUUCGAGAAGAUUCUGGAACAGCCGAGCUCUGUCCAGAAGCUACGAUACCGUAACCAGGAGAUGGAAGAUCUGCGCUCACUGGAUGCGUUGGAACUACAAGGGAUCUGUAAGGACGAGCAUGUUGCCUAUAACGACAAAAUCGAUGCAAUUUUCGAUAUUGCGAGUCACCGUACGCGUGUGGACUUUGGCGAAGUCAAUCCGAUUGAUGUGUCGAGGGCUACCGAGCUAUUGGACGAGGAAUCGUUGAACGAGAUAUGGCGGAUUAUUGAGUUUGUGACGGACUACCGAGGUAAGCUAGAACAUAUCGACCGCGAUGCUGAGGAAGUGCUGAGGCUGUGCAUCCUGGUACUGAGCUGCCGGAGGGAGAUUAAGUGGAAUGAUGAGAACUUUGGUUUGAUCUCCCUUGAUGACGUUGUCAAAGUGAAGGAGUGCGAGGGGUUUGUUCUCACACCCAUGGAUCGAAACAUGCGGAAAACAUUGGUUAUGUGCCCAGGGAUGUACCAUAAGGCAAUGAUGGAAGCGUUUGUGUCGAGUCCUGGUUACCGGGUUGUCCAAGAUGAGGAGGGUGUGGUACUUGCGAGAGUGAGAUCUGAACGCAUUAACACGAAAGUUGAGCGAGGAAAACACGGGAAGGUAGAGGCGGCAUCUUAUGACAUCAAGGAGAUGUUCAGCCGUCUACCGCAUGAUGAGAUCCUUGAUGUUGUGGCUUAGAUCGUUGACCAUUACCGGGGAAAAGGCAAAACAUUA